GAGAGCUCGAAGAGCAUAAGUGAAGCAAUACGCUUGGCGAGAUCUCGUGAAGAGCAGGAGACUCUACUCGGUGAUGAGGAGCAAGCAGAUGAUGAUGGCUGCUACCCGCCCAGGAAAACGGAUGCGCCUAGGACACCGAAUCCGCACAGCUCCUUGCCCGUGUAUACAACGAUACACAAGAUCCGGCGGCUGAUCAUUGCGAGCAUUGACGAUCCAUAUUCACUCGAGCAGCUUAAAAGUCCUCGCAUCAAUGUGACCGUUGUUCGUCCGCUUGUCGAGCACCUGUAUGAUCCCGAUGACGUAUCCAUGGUUUAUUGCCUGCUCGUCAACAGGAUGCAGUUUCUCCGAGAGCAGUCGUAUCAGGCUCAUCACCAGACAGUCAACAACACCCGUGCCAGUGUGUGCGAGCUGAUUGCAAGCCGUGUGCUACGCCGAUUCGAUGAAGAUCAUGAAGGACGACCGGGAUUACUGAUGUUGGCAAACGUGCUCGUCGCGGGCUUCGAGCCCUUUCAGAAUGCUCCGCGCGAAGUGUACGAGCAGAACCAGUCCGCUCUGCAUUGGACAGUUCGGUGGAAGUUGGCCCGACCGGAGUACGAGAAAAUGCUUACGGCUCUGGAGGUGGCUAUCGUCUCUGAAGCGAAGACUUUCUUGAGCACCUCAGCCUGCCAAAAGAUCGUUGAGAACGUAUACCGAGGUCGGAUCAUCUACACUCCAACAAGCUUCAUUGACAUCUUGCCGGACCACUACAAGAAUCGAGGCAUCUCAAUAUACGACCCGAGAAGAGCGCCGUACCUUAACCAAUACCGUCUGAUUGUGCCACGAACGCGUAACAUUAUCGAAGGCUGUCAGUUCGUUGUGCUCCUGGUGUUGUACUUCUUAAUGAUGGCGAACAAAGCCCAUACCAUUGGCCCUUCGCACCUCAACUUCACCAUUUACGAGCUCGUCUUCAACGUGUACGCUCUUGGCUGGGUGCUGGACGAGAUAGCAGCCAUUCUCGAACACGGUUGGUCGGUACAUACGGAAAACUUGUGGUCCUUCCUUGACAUUACUUUUGUGGUCAUUUUCUGGUGUUACUUUGGCGUUCGCAUGCAUGGCAUUGCGAUCAAAGGUGCCCAUACCGCCAAGCUUGCGAACGACAUACUGUCAAUGGCGGCGCCCAUCCUUCUACCAAGACUUGCUUUCUGUUUGAUGCCAGAGAACAUGUUGUUCAUCUCGCUUCGAGCUAUGAUGGCUGAUUUCGCCUUCCUGACAGUUCUGGCAGCCUGGUGCUUUGGCGGCUUCUUGCUCGCCAUGCGCUGGUUGAGCGAGAGUCAAGAUGGCUAUAUUCGACACAGCAUCGGCACCAUCUCCAAAUGGAUGCUGUGGAUCUGGUUCGGCUUAGACGGGACAGGUAUUCAGCGCUCGGCUGAAUUUCAUGUCAUACUCGGUCCAACCCUAAUGGUUACCUUCGCCUUCCUUGGCAACACAUUGUUCCUGACUAUCUUGGUUGCAAUGCUGAGCAAUACGUACACCAAUCUCGCCCAGAACGCUACGGCUGAGAUACAGUUUCGUCGCGCCGUGCUUACCUUCGAAGGCGUCAAGUCCGACGCGAUCUUCGCCUACCGUCCGCCUUUCAACGUGAUCGCUCUCGUUGUCCUGCUGCCGCUUAAGUGGGCGCUUUCACCUCGCUGGUUCCACAAGGUCAACAUUACCGCUGUCCGCAUACUAAAUGCGCCGAUACUAUUCAUUGUUUCGCUCUAUGAGCGCCGCUAUCUCUGGAAGCGCUCACGCUUCAUUUCGCCACCACGCAAGCACAAUUGGCUCAAGGCAUGGGAGCGCUUUGGAGCACAUGGCGACAUCCAGGCGGUGUUUGACACGGACCCUCCGCAGAGCGUAAUAGAUGAAAUGGACGACGUAGAUGACAUA